AAUUUCUUCCUUGUCUAAGAGCUACUAUAACAUGUAACCUGCAUAUGGAUUUCAACUAUAUAUCAACAUUAUCAUUGUAUUAUGAACAUUGAAACUCAUCAAAGAGUACACUAUCAAUCAAUAUUUGAAAAUGGAAGACACAGAAAUGAAGAUAGCAAGAUUUUCGAGUUGCCGAGGCGUCUCAUUCGAGAUCAAUUCAAACAGAAGCAACCCUUUUGCAGUUGAAUCACCAACAAAGCCAGAGAGAACAACUGGAACAUGGCUUUGGAUUCCAUGGACUAGAAACAAUUCUUUCAAAAUUCUACCUCAAUCUCAAGCUCAUAUAAUCACUAGUCCAACUCGAAGCCGAGCUAGUAGUCACUUCUGCGACAUAAACAUCGAUGCUGAUGAUGUCGAGCUAGAGUUUCUAGCCGAAUUUCAAGACAUAGAAAACCAAGAAAAAGCUAAUAGUGUUAAACAACAGAAACUACUACAAAAACCCGAUCCAUCACCGAGGAAUUCGAGGUUGUCGAUUAUUCUGCUAGAUCAAGGUUUCACAGUUUACAAAGGACUAUUCUUGGUUUGCAUAACCUUGAAUAUGAUAGCACUUGCUCUUUCAGCUACAGGGCAUUUUCCUUAUGCUAAAUCAAGAGCUACACUUUUCUCCAUUGGUAACAUUCUAGCUCUAACGCUCUGUCGAAGCGAGGCGGUUUUAAGAGUUGUUUUCUGGUUUACUGUGAAGACUAUUGGAAACAUUUGUGUUCCUCUUAAAAUAAAAACAGCAACAACUUCAUUUCUUCAAAGUAUUGGAGGAAUUCAUAGUAGUUGUGGUGUUUGUUCCAUAGCAUGGCUUGUUUAUUCUCUUGUUCUCACUAUAGAAAACAAUGACAAAAACACUUCACCUGAGAUUCUUGGUGUUGCAUUCACUAUCCUCUCACUCAUUUCACUUUCUUCACUUGCAGCUUUUCCGCUUAUUCGCCAUCUCCAUCACAACCUUUUCGAGCGAAUCCACCGUUUCUCCGGUUGGAUGGCUCUUAUUCUUCUAUGGUUAUUCAUUCUUCUAACCAUAAGUUAUGAUCCUACUUCAAAAACCUAUCAUUUAACCAUAAAAAAGAUGGUUAAAACACAAGAGUGUUGGUUAACUUUAUUUAUCACAAUUCUAAUUAUGAUUCCUUGGUUAAGUAUUAAAAGGGUACAAGUUAGUGUCACAGCACCUUCAAAUCAUGCUUCAAUAAUUAAAUUUGAAGGUGGUGUUAAACCAGGUUUACUAGGUAGAAUUAGUCCAUCACCAUUAUCUGAAUGGCAUGCAUUUGGAAUCAUAUCAGAUGGUAAAAAAGAACACAUUAUGCUAGCUGGUGCAGUUGGUGAUUUUACAAAAUCAUUAGUUUCAUCACCUCCUAAACAUCUUUGGAUUCGUUCAGUUCAUUUUGCUGGCUUACCUUACCUAAUAAACUUGUAUCAAAAAGUGUUGUUAGUAGCAACAGGUUCUGGAAUUUGUGUUUUCUUAUCAUUUCUUUUGCAGCCAACAAAAGCUGAUGUGUGUUUGAUUUGGGUUGCUAAGGAUAUUGAAAUGAACUUUGGAAAGGAAAUAACAGAUUUGGUUGGUAGAUAUUCAAAAGAGAAAGUCAUUGUUCAUGAUACUGCUGUUUCAGGUAGGCCUAAUGUGGCUGAGAUGAGUGUGAAUGCUGCUAUUCAUUGGAAUGUGGAAGUUGUUAUUGUUACUAGUAAUCCUGAAGGUAGUAGAGAUGUUGUUAGAGCUUGUAACAAGGCUAAGGUUCCUGCUUUUGGACCUAUUUGGGACUCUUGAAUUGAUCAUAACAAAAAAAAUAUUGUAAGGCAAGUAAUUUUUUUAUAAAUUAGAAACUUAUAGUAUUGUAAACUAGUAGUAGUAACUAGUAUUGUAAUACUUGGUAAAUAGAUAAUGCUAAGUGUUCAUUAAAUAAAGUUGAUACGUAUCAAAAUACAAUUUUCUUGUUAGUAAUA